GUUUUGGGUACUGUGUGAGUCCUCUACGGGUUACGUGCUUCAGAUGCAAGUUUACAGGGGACGUGAAUUCGACCCAGUUCCACCAGGACAACUCCAAGGAACAAACGUAGUUGUAGAGCUCCUACAAGGAUCGUCACUUCUUCAUAAAGGCUAUCACGUAUUUUGUGAUAGUUUCUUCACGUCCUUGAAUCUUGGACACAGACUUCUCCAACUUAACACAUACUUGACCGGAACUUUACGAAAGAAUCGACCAAUGCCGCACCUCGUCAAGGACGCGAACCAGCCAGGGAACACUGUCUACUUGCGACGUGGCGACUUUUUGUGUCUGUCUCAUUUCGGCGCAGAUGAAAAGAAACCUGUCAGGUUGCUAUCGACUAUUCUACCAGCACAAGAACUGGGAUCAGGUAAACCGCGUGUCAUCGCAUCAUACAAUACCAACAUGGGAGCGGUAAACAUGAAUGAUGGUAUUCUACAUUCAUAUGGAAAGCAGAGGAAAUGCCAAAAGGUAUGGAAGAAAAUACUGGUGCAUUUAUUGUUUAGAAUCCUUAUGAAUUCCUAUAUACUUUAUAAGGAAAACACUGCACUGAGAGCAAAAAGCCGCCUGCAGUAUAUCCAAGCCGUUAUUGAAGCACUCGCUGGAACGAAGAAACCUGACAACCCUCGCCGCCGAGCAGUGAAGAAAGUUUCCUUAAUCACUUUGCCACAAAAGAAGGAGAAAGACUGCUGUGUCUGUUCUUCACGUAUGCGCCAUGGCCGUGGAAUACGUCGUCGAAGCAGAACGAUUUGUUCAUUGUGUGAGCGGGGACUUCAUCGCCAAUGUAUUGGACGGCAUUUGAACUGCAUUGAACAAUAG